AUGUCAAUUAGUAAUCCGCCGCGGACCUCAGGCUCUCAGCGAAUACCAGUUCCAUGGCACUUAAAAGCAGAUAUCCCCCAGGUGACUCUUCGGGGAACCAUAGCCGGGUUGGUGAUAGGCACAGUGGUGCUUAUUUCUAACUUCCAGUUCGGCCUUCAAACCGGUUGGGUAUCAAUGAUGUCGCUACCGUCUGCGCUUCUUGGGUUUGCCAUCUUCAAGUUAUCACCAUUUUCCAACGACUUUACCGACGUGGAAAACGUCUACGUCCAGAGCAUUGCCGUGGCGGUGGGUACCGGUCCGUUGGCGUACGGUUUGAUUGGGAUAAUCCCAGCAAUGGAACAUUUUUUAACCAGUGAUGAAUCUGGGCUCGGAAGGACAUUACAUUUUUCUACCACUGACUUGAUAGUUUGGUCAUUGGGACUUGGAUUUUUCGGGGUUUUUUUCGCCAUCCCUUUGAGGAAACAGGUCAUAGUCAAGGAGAAGUUACCGUUUCCAUCGGGGAAUGCCACGGGGAUUUUGAUCUCGGUUUUACAUGGUACCUCGCUUUUAGAGGAAGAAUUUAAGUCGGAUGCUCCAGACGUGGAAUCCAAUGAGCCUGAGGAGCAAAACCAAGUAUCGUUGGCCGCUAACGAUGCCAACUACAAGUCCAACAUCAGGUCCUUGUCCAUAACUUUUGUGGCAUCUGCUGUGUACACUAUAGUAUCAUUUUUCAUUCCCAUUUUGAAGAGCUUGCCGGUGUUUGGAAGCUAUGCUUCAGAAGCAUUCUUAUGGAAUCUCCAGCCUUCGCCAGCAUAUAUUGGUCAGGGUAUCAUCAUGGGAUUGCCCACGGUGUCGUAUAUGCUUUUCGGCGCCAUUCUAGGAUGGGGAGUAUUGUCUCCCUUGGCCAAGUAUCAAGGGUGGGCUCCCGGUGAAGUUGACGACUGGAAAACCGGCAGCCAAGGAUGGAUAAUGUGGAUCAGUUUGAGUAUAAUGAUCAGUGAUUCGCUUGUGUCGUUUAUGGUGAUGGCGGCAAGGUCUGUGUCGAGGUUGGUAGGAAGUGCCCGAAGAGCCCAUUCGCAGUACCAACCGUUAUUGGGCGAUCGUGGUGGUGAUGGUGACAAUGCCAGUGUGGCCACUUCAUACGACACGGGGUUGGAUCCCAGGCACUUGGUGAGUGAUAAGGCCAGUUUUGUUGGAAUCGCCGUGUCCUCGAUUAUUUGUGCCAUUUCCUUGAAGUUUAUCUUUGGACAACUUGUGCCAUUGUACACCAUUUUAAUUGCGGUGGUGAUGGCGUUAUUCUUCUCGAUAUUGGCGGUUCGAGCUUUGGGAGAAACCGAUUUGAACCCAGUUAGUGGAAUAGGUAAGCUUUCUCAGUUGAUAUUUGCAGUCAUCGUACCUUCCAAUCAUCCAUCCAAGAUCUUGAUUAACCUCAUGGCUGGGGGUAUUGCUGAGGCUGGUGCCCAACAGGCAGGGGAUUUGAUGCAAGACCUUAAAGCUGGCCAUUUGUUGGGAGCUUCUCCUAAAGCCCAAACCAUUGCCCAGUUGACUGGAACUGUCUACUCAAUUUUCCUUAGUAGCAUCAUGUACAAAGUGUACAAUUCGGUGUAUGAGAUUCCAAGCAAGAUGUUUAGAAUCCCUACGGCAGUGAUCUGGAUAGACUGUGCCAGGUUGGUCACUGGUGAAGGUCUUCCUCCGAAUGCAUGGGUGUUUUCAUUGGUUUUUGGUGUCAUUUUUGGUGUCAUUUCGUUGUUGAAAAAUAUCAUUCCAAAAGAGAGCAAAAACCACAAAUAUUUAUUUUACUUGCCUAGUGGGGUUGCAGUAGGUAUUGGGAUAUAUAAUACGCCAAACUUUACGCUUGCCCGGUUUAUUGGAGGGCUUGUUACAUAUAUUCAGAUGAAAAAGACAGGUUCAAGCAAUCAACGGGUUCAUAUGAUUAUACUUAGCAGUGGGUUGGUGUUGGGUGAAGGACUUUUCAGUUGUUUCACGAUGCUUCUCACCAGCUUGGGAGUGAAACCACUUUAG